CGCCCAGGGGCAAAUCUCUCAUUCUCUCUCACCGUCCUUUCCUUUUUAUUUUCUCUCCCUCUCCCUUCAUUUUCAUUUCUCCCCUUCUCUGCUCGAAACGACGAGAAGGAAUACUUAAAAAAAAAAAAUUAAAUCGAACCCCUCUCUCUUUCAGACCUUUUCUCGAACAGGUCAUCUGCAAGCCGAAUCCCGGUGGGGAGAGUGAAGGAGUUUCCCGGCGGCGAUUUGUUCUGUUUUCUCCUUCCACCCGGGAAGAGGGUUGGAAUUCGCGUACGGGCUGGUGUUGGGAGCGCGGCCGGGUUUGCUGCUGGUGGCUUCUGCUCAUUGGUGGGCUGGGCUCUGGAUGGGUAUUGGAUACAGAGGGAGGAGUCGGUUGCCGGGAUUUGCUCCUUUCCGCGAUGUGACGGCCUUGUUGCUCUGAGAUUGAGGGGGGAGGAGGUUUCGAUUUCCGUUGAGAAGAUGGGGAGGUUGGCGGUGGGAAUAGCGGUGGGGGUGGCGGUGGCGACUUGUGCGGUGGCCGGGGUAGUGGUGGGAAGGAGAUUAAGGAGCCGGAGGAAAUGGAGGAGAGUGGUGGGGGUGUUGAGGGAGUUGGAAGAUUCGUGCGAGACUCCGGUGGGGAGGCUGAAGCAGGUGGUGGAUGCUAUGGCUGUGGAGAUGCAUGCUGGAUUGGCUUCCGAAGGAGGGUCCAAGCUGAAAAUGUUGCUCACUUUCGUUGACCGUUUGCCUACUGGGAGUGAGAUAGGAACUUAUUAUGCUCUAGAUCUUGGCGGUACUAAUUUUAGGGUAUUGCGGGUUCAGCUAGGAGGUACAAGGUCCUCAAUCUUGUCGAAAGAUGUAAAAAGGCAACGUAUUCCAGAGCACUUGAUGACCAGCACAAGUGAGGACCUCUUUGAUUUCAUUACAUCAAAACUGAAACAGUUUGUUGAACAAGAAGAAACUGUGUCUGAAGCUGCUCAAUCUAGAACCAGGGAGCUAGGGUUUACAUUCUCUUUUCCAGUCAAACAGAUUUCUAUCCGUUCUGGCUUCCUGAUACGGUGGAACAAAGGGUUUGCUAUUGAAGAUAUGAUUGGAUGCGAAAUUGUUGAACGUUUACAAGGAGCAUUGAUGAAGAAAGGUUUAGAUAUGUGGGCGACUGUAUUGGUGAAUGAUACUGUUGGAAUAUUAGCCCUUGGACACUAUUAUGAUGCCGAUACUGUUGCUGCUGUUAAAAUUGGAACCGGCACUAAUGCCUGUUACAUGGAGAGGGCAGACGCGAUCAUCAAAUGCCAAGGACUCCUCACAUCUUCCGGAGGAAUGGUGGUCAACAUGGAAUGGGGAAAUUUCUGGUCAUCUCAUUUGCCGAGAACAACUUACGAUAUUGACAUGGAUUUGGAAAGCCCCAAUCCAAAUGACCAGGGUUUCGAGAAAAUGAUAUCUGGAAUGUAUCUCGGGGACAUUGUCAGAAGAGUAAUCCUCAGAAUGUGCGAGGAGUCCGAUAUCUUUGGACCCGUCUCAUCCAAGUUGUUGACACCUUUCGUGCUGGAAAUGCCUCUAAUGGCGGCAAUGCAUGAAGACGAGUCUCCCGACUUGAAGGAAGUGGCUGCCAUCUUACGAGAAACGCUGGAGAUCCAAGGCGUUCCUCUAAAGGCACGGAGGCUCGUCGUCAAAGUAUGUGAUGUGGUGACUCGGAGAGCUGCACGGUUGGCAGCCGCCGGAAUCGUGGGGAUACUAAAGAAAAUUGGCCGGGACGGAACAGGAGGGAUCACUGGCAGCAGAAGCAGAAGCGACGCGAAGAUGAGACGAACAGUAGUAGCAGUGGAAGGAAGCCUGUACACGAGCUACAUGAUGUUCAGAGAGUACUUGCACGAGGCGUUGAACGAAAUACUGGGCGAAGAAGUGGCACAGCACGUCGUGCUCAGAACGACGGAGGAUGGAUCGUGUGUCGGGGCAGCUCUCCUCGCGGCGUUACAUUCUUCUUCUUCGUCGUCAUCAUCGUCGGAUGGCCUGCAUCGUCGACAAUAGUGUGGAUAGCGUGGGUAAGGGUACAGUUGCUAUAAAUAUAUAUAUCAUUCAUAUAUUUAUACGUAUAGCAAGCAAUCAAUCAGUCAGCCAGUCAGUCAGUCAGGGUAUAGGUGCCUUUCCUCCCCUUGUAAAUGUAGAAAAUUCUUUUGGGAAUUAUCUUUUGGUGGGUUAUAUAAAUAUAAGAAGAUGAAGAAGAAGAAGAAAAAAAGGUUUGUCUCCAGAAACUGUGUUUGUUUGUUUGUUGUCUCUCGUUCCCCAUCCCUCCAUUUUCAGCUUCUGUAAAAUUUGGCAAUGGCACUGUGGUAAAAGUAAAAAAAAAACAAAAAACA